CGUUUUAGUGUCGUCGCUGCCUCGGCCACACACGGCUUGCAGCUCAGUUCCGCCUGCUCAUUUGGUGAACCAGCUUUCAGUUUGACAACGUUCUUAUCGCAACAUAUUCAUAUUUUGUAAAUCUGCAUUUCAACUAGCCUUAUCGAAAAUGCUAGCUCGGGGCGGCACACCGUUGGGCACCAGCCGCUCGGCAGCCUGCCACCCAAUCCAUGCUCCUUGCUGUGGGUCAGCUGCUGUGGUGAUGCCGCGUCACGCCAAGCGCCAGGCUCCCUCCGUGUCCGCCAAGAAGCGCUACCAGGACUACGGCUCCGCCGACAGCCUGGACCUGGACUCGCUGGCCUCGCUGGACUCGCUGGACGGCGCGCUGGACAAGUACCAGGACCUCAUCAAGGGAGCGGCGGGCGCAGGCGCGGGGGCAGCGGCGGCGGGGGCGGCGCCCGGCGCGGCGCCUGCCGGCGGCGCGCCGCCGGCGGGGCAGCAGGGCGCGGCAGGCAACCGCCAACCCCGCGGCAACAAGAACCGCGCUCCCUCGAACUACCCCGGCGGCGGCUUCAACGCCGCCGCUGACGGCUUCAGCUCCUGGCCCGCGGCCUCCUCCUCGGCGGCGACACCGGCGGCACCCGGCCGCGCGCCCAUGCCGUUCUCCUCCUUUGAUGACGACUUCAUGUUUGAGCCCAACUGGAGCACCACGCCCCUGCCGCCCAGCGGCGGCGGCGGCGGCGGUGGCGGCGGCGGUUACAUGAACGGCGGCGGUGGUGGUGGCGGCGGCGGUUACAUGAGCGGCGGCGGUUACUACGGCGGCGGUUACGCGGGCGGCGGUUAUGCCAACGGCGGCACGUACACGGGCGGCGGCUACGCCGGCGGCGGCUACAUCAACGGCGGCGGUGGCGGCUACAGCAGCGGGCGCCGCAGCGGGCGCAACAGCAUGCGCAUGCGUUAUGACGACCUCACGGACGACGUGGACGAGACCGAUGGCGAGAUGCCCGUUGUCAAGGUGGACCGGGCGAUCAUCAACGGCAAGACGCUGCAGGCCAACCACGGCAUCACGGUGAAGGAGGUGUUUGUGCUGGGCGCGGGUCCGGACCGUGCGCCGCUGGGCGCCAUGCCCACCAGCCGCGCCCAGGCUCUGGCGGACGAGGCCAAGGAGGACCUGCUGCUGAUCAACCCCGACGCCUCGCCGCCCGUGGCGCGCAUCAUCGCCUGGUCCAAGUACAAGUACGAGCUGGAGAAGGGCGCCAAGGAGCGCAAGGCCAAGAGCACGCAGCAGGAGACCAAGGAGGUGCGGCUGCGGCCCUCCACCGACUCGGGCGACCUGGCGGUCAAGAUCAAGAGCUGCCAGAAGUUCCUGGCCAAGGGCGACCGCGUGAAGCUGGUGAUGAAGUUCGAGGGCCGCGAGCUGCAGUUCAGGGAGCAGGGCAAGGAGGUGCUGCUGGGCUUCAUCGCGGAGCUGGCCUCGGUGGCCAAGGUGGAGGGCCCGCUCAACUUCAAGACCGGCACCUACACCAUCAUGCUGCAGCCCACAGCCGCCACCGCAGCAGCCAAGUAAAGCGGCGGCGGGGACCCGGCGGCACCCGGCGGCGGCUGCUGCGCCGCUGUGUGGCUUCGGCUGCUGCUGCUGCUGCUGUGCCGCUAGCUGCGGGGCGGGUGUGAUGUGGCGCACGUGGCGCCUGGCUGUUGGGUACCGUAUAUCGCAAGCAGCAGACGAACCGGCGCAGAGGACCGGAGCGAGGGCGAGAGCGAGAGGGCGAGAGGGUGAGGGCGAGGGCGGGGUUGCGCUGGCGCCGCAAGUGGUGUUUAGGGUUGGUGCGAAUGUAUGUAUGUACGUGUGUGUGUGUACGGCACGUGGUGGUUUUGGUGUGGUCGGCGUUGUUUGGUGGUAACGUUGUGUAUCGGGCGCGGUCGCUGGGGCAUGGUGUUCAGCCCCGGCCGAUUUGCCUCAGUUCGUGGUGGAGGGCCAGGGCGGGGUGGGGCGUUGGCGUGCCCUACACGGGACGAUAGGGUUUGGUGCAUGGGCGAGGGGCGGCUGCAGUGUUGAGCUCGGACGUUGGUCGCGUGAGGCCGGCGUGCUGGCCGAAGGCGGCAGUUGCACACUGCGAGGCGUGCGUUGAGGAGCUUUCAUGGCGGAUGCAUGACACGCACGGGGGGAGUGAAGCGGCGGCGCGAGCUCUGCACCAUUUUUGUGGCGAGAGGCGGGUGAGGCUCUUGCGCCCGGCAUUUCGCGGCUUACCGGAUCAAGUAGAAAGUUGAGGUAUAAUCAAAUACAGAGAGAGAGAGGGAAAGCGAGAGAAACGAGAGGCAGGAGCACACGAAAUACCACAUAGCAGUAGGGAGGUCGCGUCAGGUCGCGUGGGUUGGCGGGACAUCUAGGUGGUGCGGACCGUGAGCCUCAGAGCCGAGGGGCUGAGCACGUGAGCUAGCGGGUGUAAGGCGGUGAGCGGUGCGGUGGCUGUGGCGGCGGCGGUGGCAAGCAGGGUGGCCGACCGGCGUGCGCGUGAGAGAGCUGCACGCAAGCAAGAGACAUGAGUAAGCGAGGCCUGUU